AUGUCCCUUGUCAGAUCGCGAAGACGGUCCGCACGAUCCUUUAGCUCCGCCUCCGCGGCGACGACGGCGUCCUUCGCGACGUCGACGUCCUGUGCGGCGUCCUCCAAUGCCUUCCGUGCCUGUUCAACAGCCUGUUCCGCUUGCUUCACUGCCUGCCGCUCCGCCUGGAUCUCCCGCUUCAUUUGUUCCUCGUCCCAGAAGGCCUUGGAACGGAAGAAGAGACAGUCCGUCAUGAUUGGGUACAGACGACCAAAACGCUCAAACUCCGAGAAGGAAAUCGUGCCGUCACGGUUCGUGUCGGCCUUAUCGAAGAGAUCCUCCACCGUUGCGGCGGAGAAAUCAAGAUUGAAGGUGCGGAAUCCCUGCUUGAGAUCCUCCACUUCGAGCAUUCGGUUGCCCUUGACAUCCAGCUCGGCGAACAGGACGCGCAGCUUCUCUUCUUGUGAUGCCUCGACAGCCAAUUUAGGUACAAGGGCUCCGGACGUGUUCGCCUGA